CUGGCCUGCGAAACCUACACAAGCACUGAUGGCCUGUGUCAACCUAGGCGUCAUGGAUGCAAUAAAAACAGCCUGGGAUACCGGCCGCUUCCCGCACUUCUUCGAAAUGGUAUGUUUCAGUGAUCUCGCUGUGCUUGCCGCAGCCUGGGAACGCAGUAGGGAAGAGUUCGACGACGAGCUUAGAGUCUUCUGCGAGAAACUUGAGCUCAGGAAAGGGGAGUAUGACAACGAGUGUAGGGAGCUCGUAGGAAGGACGGCGAGGGUGGAGCAGAUCCUCCUGAGGAUUUGGGAGGUGGAUGACUCACACCUGGAAGGACGGGUACCAACAACCGUUCCAGCCGACUCACCCGUGUCGCACGAUGGACACGUAGUUAGGUGUGAUGACCUUGCGAUCGAAGAUGAAGAAAAGGAGGAAAUGGAGAGGGCUAUCGCCGCCAUCACAGCCACGAUUAAGGAUUCCCCCCUCACUGCCAACAAGGAUUGUACCAAUACCUUUGAACGGGAUCGCUACACCACCUUCGCACCAAUAGCCUCCACAUGCUGGGUAGAGCACAUGUCCACUACUUUCCAACACACGAUCUGGAAAAUGGAAACGUUUAACCAUAUUGCGCCAAUCUCCGUCAGGGCCCUCCAAUUCCUCGGCAACAUCACGGACGCACAGGUAAAAGAAUGCAGAGCGCAGGUACUGAAGGACAACCCACUCCUCCAAGGCAUCAUCAAUUGUGGACUUAACCACAUUUCGAGCAUGGCCCUAGACGUGGAGCAAGCAGUGAAUGAGGUGGACGGGUUCCUGGAGAGGCUCUUCGCCAUGGUAAUGGAGCUGCGCGAGCUCACGACUUCGAUACAGUCGUUCCUACGCAAGAUUAUUCUCAAGAAGGCUAGGAACAAAAUGACAAAGUACCGCGAAGAACAUAGGCAUGUCAUUGCGGAACCGUUCGAGCACCCUGCGGUCAAGAGCGAGUUACGAUUCCUCACCAGUCGCUUCCUCAUUUGCCCUACGGACAAGGCGCCGAACACGCCCGCAUUCGUAUGCAAGAACUUCGUGCGGAAGCUGGCCAUUCAGAGAUUAUCAGGUCCGGAAUUCACCAGCAUCCCCUCCCCCCUGCAGGCAGUCAUUGCGCGAAUACAGGGCGAGCUCUCAGCAUUUCGGGCACUUCCAGCUACAACGACGGCACUCCCGUACCUGAUGACCGUGUACAAGGCACACAAGGGUACCUUCCACUGGAUCACGAACACAGCCAACACAGUGAUAUCCCCUGCUGCUGAUCUCUGUGCAUGCCUGCUACGAUUCCUCCUCCCCUUGGCACAGGCUUUUUGCCAGGAGAGGAGCCAGGAGGUGGAGGAGCAGUAUGGCGUGAAACCGAACCUUUGGUGGGCCAUAGCUUUAGUCGGGGAGUUUUGCGCCAAUCUCCCGGAGAAGAUAUUCUCUGUCUUCACGGCUGACAUCAUGCGGUGUUUCGAGAUGAUCCCCACGGACUGUUCGGAGGACAGUCUCCCGGCGGCGGUCAGUUUCUAUGUGCAAUGUGCGAUGCGCGUGCAAAGGGAGAGGAGCUUCAGUCACGCCAUCAAGGUCAUCAUCGGAGCAGACGACAGGCUUCGACCGACAUGGGUGGACGUCGGGCAGGCGGAGGGCAUGGAUUCAAUGAUUUUUAGCGAACAGGAUAUCUGCUGGCUCACGGAGUGGUGCAUAGGGAACAACAUUUUACGCAUGGAAGAUCACGUAUGGAGGCAGACCAGAGGCAUCCCCAUGGGGCUCGCCUGCUCCCCCAUAUGGUGUGAUAUCUACUUUUUCAAGCAUGAAUAUCACGCCAUGAUGAGGUUGAUCGACACUGGCAAUGCACAUCUGGUUCCAUGCUUCGCGAACACGGUCAGGUACAUCGACAAUCUGAGCUCUAUCAACAACACGAUCAUCAGAGACUUCAUGAGAAGCAGACAGGGGAGAGAGAACGAUGACCCUUGUUGGAUCUAUCCUGACGAGUUCAUAAAGAUUGAGGAGAACACGGAGGUUGUUGUGGACGGAUGGGGAUGUAAGGCCAACUUCCUCGGUAUGACCAUCUCGAUCACUUCUCCGAUUACAGGAUCCUACACUACUUCCAGGCAUGACAAGAGACUUGGUCUGGGUUUUGUUCCAUGCAGAUUUAUGAGAUACAGAUCCAACAGGAGCGCCAAGCAGUCACUCCAGAUCAUCACGGCGCAGGUCGCACUGAUCAUGCUUCUGUGCUCCGAACCUAAGGACGCUGCCGAAGAAAUCAACAAGGUUGUCACGAUCAUGAGGGGGAACGGUUUCGCUAUAAAGGUGUGUUGGAGGGUGGUGAAGAAAACUCUGCGCAACGCACACCGUUAUCAGCCGGGAAGGGUCUCGGUGCGUGCGGUCAGGGAAGCCUUGCUUGACCUGUAUGGUGUUACUGACUCGUGGACUCAUUGUGCGCAUGUCCCUUAGUGUCUGUUUGUCUGUAUGUGUAUGGUGUCCGGGGGGCGACUGGGCCGAGCGGGCCGGUUGCUCUCCGGACAACCAUCCCCUCGGA